AUGCAGAAUAUAAGACACAUUGGGAAAACGGGGAAAGAUGGAUUCAGGCUUCUUUCCCUUGAUCCCAUAGCUGUGAAAAGCAAAGGAGAAAUGUUCCAGCCUUCUGAUCAUCUUUGUGGCUCUCCUCUGGACCCUCGCCAACAGGACCAUGUCCUUCUUGGGUUGAGGACUCGAGAGCUAGACACAGUACUGCAGGUAGAGUCUUAUGAGAGUGGAGUAGAGGGGCAGAAUCAUGUCCUUUGUCCUGCUGGCCAUGCUUCUUCUAAUGCAGCUCAAGAUUAUACCUUUUUUUAUUUUCUUUUUAUUUCAGUGUGUGCAGAAACUUACAAUCCUGAUGAGGAAGAGGACGACACAGAAUCUAGGAUUAUUCACCCUAAAACAGAUGAUCAAAGAAACAGGCUGCAAGAGGCAUGCAAGGACAUUCUUCUUUUUAAGAACCUAGAUCCGGAACAGAUGUCUCAGGUGUUAGAUGCAAUGUUUGAAAAGCUGGUUGAAGGAGGGGAACAUGUCAUUGAUCAAGGGGAUGAUGGUGACAACUUCUAUGUCAUUGACAGAGGUACAUAUGAUAUUUACGUAAAAUGUGAUGGUGUUGGAAGGUGUGUUGGAACCUAUGAUAACCGAGGAAGUUUUGGUGAGUUGGCCUUAAUGUACAAUACACCCAGAGCAGCUACAAUUAUAGCUACCUCUCCUGGUGCCAUCUGGGGUUUGGACAGGGUAACGUUCCGAAGAAUCAUUGUAAAAAAUAAUGCCAAAAAGAGAAGAAUGUAUGAAAAUUUUAUUGAGUCAUUGCCAUUCCUUAAAUCUUUAGAAGUAUCUGAGCGUUUAAAAGUGGUUGAUGUGAUUGGCACCAAAGUGUACAAAGAUGGAGAACAAAUCAUUGCUCAGGGUGACUUGGCAGAUUCUUUCUUCAUUGUGGAAUCUGGAGAAGUAAGGAUUAUAAUGACAAGGAAGGGUAAACAAGAUGUAGAAGAGAAUGGAGCAGUUGAAAUAGCUCGAUGCUCAAGAGGACAAUAUUUUGGAGAACUUGCUCUUGUAACCAACAAACCACGAGCCGCUUCUGCGUUUGCUCUUGGCACUGUCAAAUGUUUAGUUAUGGAUGUGCAGGCAUUUGAAAGGCUUUUGGGACCUUGUAAGGAGAUUCUGAAAAGAAACAUUGCAAACUAUGAAGAGCAGCUAGUUGCUUUGUUUGGAACGAACAUGGACAUUGCUGAUCCCAGUGCAUGAAAUACACAUUGGAGCGACCAGAUCUGUUAUGAGGAUAUAGCACAGUGGUGGUUAGUCCACUAAGAAAUUGUCUCUCUUCCUAUAGAUGCCAAGCAUUUUCUGUGAUUUUAAAAGUGGGUUUGGG